AUGUCGUUCGCUAUGACGACCAUCAAGAGUUCUGAUAAGGACUCGCAGAAGACUCGAUCGGUUGAGAUAGCCAAACCGCAGGUCAAUAAUGUCGAACAUUCUCAUCCCGCCGAGACGGGCUCUGCAACUGGCAAGGAAGCUGCCCCCUUGAUGCGCAGCAAGGAGGACGACCUCACUGUUUGGCAGUCGGUGCGACGCUACCGAAUGGUUGGUGUGAUUGCAAUGGCCGCAGCAUUCAGCGCUUCGCUGGAUGGUUACCAAAUCAAUCUUAACGGAGGCAUCGUUUCCAAUAAAGGCUUCAUCCGACAAAUGGCCACGUCUGAUACGGCCAUCAUAGCGGGCAAAUACAUCUCAGCCUGGGGCGGAAUUCAAUCGACUGGGCAGACAAUCGGCCAGAUUCUUCUCCAAUACGCGACCGAGGCGUUUGGGCGAAAACCAGCUCUGUAUAUCAUUUGGCUCACGUUCGUGGUGAGCGUUCUGAUAGAAUCGUUCUCUGCUAGAUGGUAUCACUGGCUCGUCGCGAAGCUGUUCUCGGGGAUGGGUGUUGGUAUGCUCCAAUGCACAAUGCCAUUGUAUCUGUCCGAGAUUGCUCCAACGCAGCUCAGAGGGUUCUUCAUCAAUGCAUACAGCUUCUGGUUCGUGGUAGGCCAAUUGUUCGCCUCGGUGGCUUUGAAUAAGCUGAGCGCCACGGAUCCAUAUGAUUUCCGAACUCCCAUCUACACUCAAUGGGCUAUGAUAGGCGCUGCAGGUAUCAUUUUCGUCCUGGUCCCGGAGACCCCUUGGUGGCUUGUCAGCAAAGGGAAGAUACAAGAGGCAGAGAAGGUUCUAAAGACGUGCAACGGUACUGUGCCAGGCUAUAAUAUCGAGGACCAGAUUAACGUGAUGACUUCCACGGUGGCGCACGAGCGAAUCGUCGCCGAACGGAACAAGGAGCAAGGCAUGUGGGCCAUUUUCAAAGGUCGAAACAUGAUUCGGUUCAUCAUUGCUGGAUGGCCAAAAAUCACGCAGCAGUUUGUCGGGUUGACCGUGUUCAACACCUACGCCACCUACUUCUUCCAAUACGCUGGGAAUAAGAAUCCAUUCCUCGUGACUGUCAUCCUUUCCUGUGUCCAGCUUCUUUCCAUGCUCGCCACAGCCACCUUGACCGAUCAACUCGGUCGUCGUCCGUUGACGGUUUAUCCCUAUGCCGUAACCGUUCUCUCGGUGCUGUGCCUGGGCAUCGUUGGCUGCUUCGACUACAAGUCGCCAGCACUCAGUUCUCUGUUGGUUCGUUUGCCCAGCCUCGCUCACACUUCACGUGUUAUUUCGCAUACUGAUGAGGUGAAGAUCUUCUUCGCCUGUCUGGCUACCUUCUCCACGACUGGUGCGUCCGCCAUCGGAUACGCCUAUGCAGCGGAGAUCCCUCAGCAACGGCUCCGCGCCCAGACAGCCGCCUGGUCUCUGGCUUCGUCGAAUAUGAUUAGCAUCAUGUUUAGCUUCUGUACCCCGUUGAUGAUCAAUCAGCCUCCUACCAAAUGGGGCCCAAAGACUGGCUUUUUCUUUGCUGGUACCGGGACCGUAGCUGUUGUUAUUGCCUGGUUUAUCCUUCCGGAGGUAACGCGUCGCACACCAGGUGAAAUUGAUGAGUUAUUUGAGAAGAGGAUCAACCUGCGCAAGUUCAAGGACUACGUCACUGAUGUGCGAAUUACUGCGGAUGAACACCACAGACAAAUGGAGUUGGCUUGA